UGUGGAAGAAAAACUUAAAACUUGGGCUAUUCGACAGUCAAGGCGGAAGCACGUACAAAUAAAAAGUUUGAAAACCUCGUGUUCGUGUUUCGUCAUUUUCUAUCUGCUACACCUUGAAUAUAUAUUUCUGCUGUUUCACCUCACUCACCGUCAACAAAAAAAUGCAAACACUCGGACCAAAAUGUUACCGUCUGUAGCACAAAUUGUGUUUCUUGUAAUAGUAUUGUGUCACCUGGCUCAAAGCCAAAAAGAACCAAACACUUUAGUCGAUAUUCAUGAUCUGGGAGUAGUUCGAGGUUCAACGAGUUACACGGCGCGCACGAACCAGUGUUUUGCCAGCUUCUACAAUAUUCCCUAUGCCGAACCUACAACCGGAGCAAAAAGAUUCAAACCGCCGACUAGGAUUGCUCCAUGGACCGCCGUUCGUGACGUAACUCAGCCCGGUCUAGAGUGCCCUCAACCCGAUGGACACAAUCAAAACGUUGAAGAUUGUCUCUCCUUAUCGGUGUUCACGAAAAACACUAACGGAAGUUUCCCGGUAAUGGUGUAUGUUCAUGGAGGCGGGUUUUAUCGUGGAUCAGCAGCGGAAUAUCCCCCGCAUUACCUGCUAGAGCGCGAAAUAGUGCUGGUUGUUUUACAAUACCGUUUAGGCCCGUUCGGAUUCUUGUCCACGUUAAGCGAAACAAUCCCCGGCAAUGCUGGCAUAUUGGACAUCAUAAUGGCUGUCGAAUGGGUGCGCAACUAUAUCGCCGAUUUUGGCGGGGAUCCCCAAAUGAUAACACUUUUUGGUCAAUCUGCCGGAGCAGCUGCCAUUUCCGCACUACUUUACAGCCCAUUGGUGUCGCAUUAUUUAUUCCAGCAAGUUAUUCUGCAGUCCGGAGGAUCAAUGAGCAAUUGGGCGAUCGAUUCCAAUCCGGUGGCGAAUGCGAAAAAUAUUGCAAAUCUUGUGGGAUGCAUUGUUGAUGACACCACCCUAACAGCUAUCGAACAGUGUCUCAUGGAGGCGAGCACACAGUCACUUGUGAAUGCAACAUUGCCGCAUCUGCAUAACAUAUUUAUCGAUGGAAUGCAAGACAUCAGUGGCAUGGGAAUGGUCGUUGGAGGACCGUCAGGGUUCUUGCUGCGUACACCACUUCGAAGUGCUCGUCAAGGGCUGAUGCGUCACGAUGUUCGAAUGAUGGGUGGAGUUACCAAGCAGGAUGGUUCAUUUCUUCUCAAUAGUUUUUACGACCAUUUGGUGACUGACGGCCGUUUCAACCAUUCAAUGUACAUUCAAUUUGAACUGGUGGAUACCAUGAACCGUAUCAUGCAAUUGGACGAUAAUUCAGGAGCAUUACUGGCCUUUGAGAUACAAACCUUGUUUAGUGAAAGCGAUCUGUCUAGCGGAAACAUUACACAAAUGGUUAGAGGUCUGAUUGAUAUUGCUGGAGCGAUUGCGCUGAAGGGUCCUGUUCUGAGAGACAUACAGGCAAAUGUUAGGAUCAGCGAGAAAGAAACUUACUUAUACACCUUCGACUAUGCAGGAGAACACACACGUUUUGGUUAUGGAAAGGAUACUUCGCAUUACCCGUUCAGUGGAGGCGUCCAUCACUCAGACGAAAAUAUUUACUUGUUCCCCUACCCGGACAAGGUGGCGAACUUAAACCAAGCGGAUACUGAAAUAUCGGAAAUGAUGCUGGAUCUGUGGACAUCUUUCGCAAUCGACGGGGUUCCCGCUUCGAAUCAUACUCCGCCAUGGCAACCGGUUCAUGGUUUCACGGGACCCUACAUGCACAUCGAUAAACCUGCUAGCAUCGAACAGAAUUUCUAUCGUGAAUUCUCUGCUACUGUCAGGGAAUCAUCGAAUGCGUUGAGGUAUCUGGGUCAAUUUGUACUGAUUGUUUGCGCAUGUUUGACAGUGAUCUUCUGGCGGUUUUAAAACAUGACACGACUGUGCAGCAUACUCGUCAAGUGUUAAUAGACUGAGCAUAAAAUAUGGGAACAAGUUUAAUUUGAAUGGUUGACGUAAUAUAUUAUGACGUGUUUGAGGUUUUUGAUAUUGCUAACCAUUUGUAACAUUUUCGUUACUAUACGAUUAGUCCUACAAUUUUAUGUGUUAUCCAACAAAAAUAAAAU